AUGACGUUUUCGUUCUCGUUUUCUUUCCAAGUCCUUAAUGCCAGCUAUGAAGCUGGGCAUCAGCGCGUUCCGGGCGACGAGACAUACAUGCUCGAACUGAAGGAGUAUGAUGUGUGGCCCUUGGAAAACGACAACUUUGACCAUUGCACCGGGCAUAUGUAUGAAGAAAAGCUUUGCGGCGUUACCGGGACCGACAAGUGGGAAAAUGCGUGGAACAACUUCUACUUGAAAUUCCACGUCAAUGCUGCGUACACCAAGGGGGAUGACCGUUACCGUUGCAUGACGUUCGGCAUGCAGGAUGCCUUGACCUCAAUCCAUAGAGGCGGCCUCGGCACGUUCCGAAUGUUCCCCGAACCGCCGUACUGCCGCCUCGACUACACCAUCUGGACCGAUGACCGUAAAUAUAAUACGACCGGGAUACUCAUGUGUGAAUCGUGCGAUACAUGGGAA